AUGACUCGCGUUGACACCGACGCGAAAUUGCAAAUCUCCCGUUCUAAACACAGCUCUGGAGCUGAUCGGAUAUUUGAAGUUGAACAAUUUAAAUACCAAGCAGUAAAAAUGAGCAUGGAUUGCAUGUGUGAAUGUAUAUCAGCCCCGCUAUGGCUUGUUGUCCGCAUCGUCCUCUAUGUUUUAUCAGCGAUCCUUGGUCUCACAGCCGCUGUUGCCAUGGCAAUCGCCAGUGGAGCAUUCUAUCAGAAGACACUUUAUCCAAACGGCGUAUGUAUUCUAUAUGGACAAACAACGGUGAUUGGCAAAUGGGAAAACGUGCCACUUUUUCAAUUCGAUGAAAGCAGUAAUGCAACAUGCAACUUCAUCAUUGCAAUUAACUCAAUUGCAACCAUUGCACUGCCACUCAUACUGGGAAUCAUUCUCUUGAUAAUCAUAAUCAGACGAAAAAUGAUUGUCGACAUGAUGCAGACCAAGAUGGUGAGUUUGGGAAUGCUGAUAUUUUCAUGCAUUGUUCUUCUCUUCGCAUUCAUAUCUGGAGUGAUCGCAACGUCGGGAUAUAAUGCUUGGUGUUCCUCCCUCGUGGAGUCUUCAAAACCAACCAUGCGACAGACAAUUGAAGAAGUUGCCGAAAAAAGCGGGACAUACUUAUCCGAAGAUGACAUCACUUCUGCUCUGAACUCCAUGACAUGUAAUGAUAUCCAUCUUAAAAUGAAAAGUGAGCUGACGAUGAGUUUUGCAGAUGCCCAUGACGUGAACUACACAAAACCGAUGAAUUCCCUGGUUGCAGCAUCGUGGGUUCUUGUUGGUGUCUGGGGCGUGAUUUGUAUCAUUGAACUGUUAGCGUUGCGUGUCAAUGUGCGUCGUGCAAGAAGCCCCACGUUCAAAAACACCGACAAUCCAAACAUGUGACGGAAUGAAUUAGAAACUAUAGAAAAUAAGAAACUAUAUGAAAACUAUAUAGAAACUAUAUAGAAUAAAUAGAAACCAUAUGAAUCAGAAACGAUAGGCCUAAAUAACUUCAGUACCAAGUAUUGAUAUCAAUACAGUGAAAUUCUAUUACCGCACGAGUUAAUUAGUCAGCAUAUAUAUUAAUUAGUCAGCAUAUAUAAUUGAAACGCCAACCUAUACGUAUGACCAAUCGCCGAUACAAUUUCCCGUUCACGUUUAGGUUGUG